AUGGGUAGCACUGCCUUGGAUCCGAAAGGCUACACUCAGCUAUUUUUGAACGGCCAAUACGUCGCGGCCAAGAGCACAGAGACCUACAGCCUCAAAAACCCCAAGGAUAACACUGUCGUCGUCGACAACAUCCCGAUCGCCGGCCCUGCAGACGUCGAGGCAGCGGUGAAAUACGCUGAAGAGGCUUUCCAUGGACCGUGGAGUCGAUUUUCAGCUAUACAACGGACCGAGUGCCUGCUCAAAUUGGCCGCACUGCUUGAUGACGAGCUCAUGCCGAUUCUCACGCUGGACUCACUCACAUCCGGAAUCCCAGUCUCCCUAGCCCCAGUCCGUGAACGAAAUUAUAUUAGGAAUUGCCUGGUGUACUACGCAGGAUGGACAGACAAACAGAAGGGCGACUACUUUCCCGCUGAUGAUGGGUUUGUGAAGUUGGUCCGACACGAGCCACUUGGUGUCUGUGCUGCCAUCAACCCCUUUAAUGCACCGGUAGCAACCUUCUUCCUCAAGGCAGCUCCGGCACUUGCGACCGGAAAUGUCAUGAUUGUGAAGCCCAGUGAGAAGACACCUCUGGGGUCUUUGGCUGUGGCAUCUUUCUUUGAGAAAGCUGGCUUCCCUCCCGGAGUUAUCCAAGUUAUUACGGGGCCUGGAUCUACUGGCGCCCUCCUUGCCGAGCAUAUGAGGAUUCGCAAGGUCAGCUUUACCGGCUCAAUCACGACGGGCAAGAAGAUCCAAGAGGCUGCGGCUCGAAGCAACUUGAAACGAGUCACUCUAGAGCUCGGAGGAAAGAGUCCAGCGGUGAUUUUCGAGGAUGCCAAUCUCGAGAACGCACUCACGUGGACAAUAAACGCGAUCUUGACACGAAGUGGCCAGCUUUGUGUCGCUGCUUCACGAGUGUAUGUCCAGAAGAGUAUUGCGGAUAAGUUCAUCCAAGAAUAUAAGAAAAGGAUGGAAGAAGCUGCCAAUGACUUGGGAGACCCGCAGGAUCCAGCUGUUAGAUUGGGCCCCAUGGUGGACCAGGCACAGCUUGCGCGAGUUAAAAAAAUGGUGGAACGAGGAGAAACCGAGGCGGAAUUGGUGGUCGGAGGCGCCCAGUACGGCGAGACGGGUUGUUAUAUGGAACCCACGGUGUUUUUAAACCCCAAGGAUGACGCGGAAAUCUAUCGACAGGAGAUUUUUGGCCCUGUCAGUGUCAUCAAGACGUUCGAGACAGAGGAAGAAGUCUUGCGGCUGGCCAACGAUACCGAGUUUGGUUUGAUGGCCGGAGUCUUUACUCGGGACAUCACACGAGCUUUGCGAGUGUCCUCGGCAUUGGAGUCUGGUGUCGUCGGUAUCAAUUGCAUCAGCCUGCAAAGCUUGCAGGCGCCCUUUGGGGGUAAGAAACAGAGCGGUAUUGGGCGGGAAUUCGGGGAGUAUGCGUUGAGAUUAUUCACGGAGCCAAAGACCGUCCUGAUUAACAUGGCUGCAUAG